UGGGCCGGAAGCUAACGAGGAAAUGGUCACCCCGGCUGUGCUGCUGCUCAAUGUGGGGCUCAUAGAGAAAGAUAUUAACGGAGAUACGUUAUGGGUUUGGUGCUACCCGUCCAUUUCGGGUGAAUUCCGCGAGUUAUUGCUCAGGAAAUGCUGUCUGCGUGACCAAAAGGUGUCGCUCCAUAACUUCCUCUACGGACAAUACAAACACACCUGGUUCUACCUGACGUCCAUGCAUGUGGAAGAAGGCUCCGUGCUGGAUAAGAUUACUGAUUUCUGCGUGGUCCUGACGGCCAAGGACUUCAACCCUGAGAAGUACGCUGCCUUUAGCAGGAUUCUCUGCAGGAUAUAUCUGAAGCAAGGAAGCCCAGUGCCAUUAAUGGAGAGUUACAUUUCGGUUCUCACCAAGGGUGCAUGCCACAGCGAGGAAAAUGGGAUGUUCCUGUGCCGUGAUUAUGACCAACGCAAUGCGUUUUUAUCAGGAUCCAUCAAAGAUGUGGUAUCCCAGUUUGGGAUGGAGACAAUCGUUCUGUACACAGCUCUAAUGCUUAAGAAGAGAAUCGUUGUAUAUCAUCCCCGACUGGAGGCUCUGCAGGAAUUCACCAGGACGCUGCCCGUGUUCGCCUGGCACCGUCAGGACUGGUCCAUAGUGCAUCCCUAUGUAGAUCUCAAUCAGGACGAGAUCGAAGCCCUAAAGAACUGCCCUGGUUAUGUCGCCGGAUUCAAUGAACCAGAUAUUGGUAAUCGAUCCGACUUGUUUGAUGUGUUUGUGAAUUUGGCAGAGAGCAGCAUCACUAUCUCACAGAGUGCUAAAGAGGCACUUAGCUUGGGAAAACUUCACAAGGACAUCGGCCAGCUGAUUGUACACCUUGUAGAAGAUCCUGAUGUAUCGGACAGUCAGGCUAUUAAGGAUAUUUGUGGGAAGAGCAGGGAGAUCCUUUCCAUUUUAAACUCCUUUUCUGAUGGUUCCAGUGACCGAGACAAACCCACCAUUAACCUCGACCUGCUCAAACAAAAGAGAUUACCUCCGGCUACAGAACACUUCCUUUUCCACUUGGCCGCAGCGGAACACAUGCUGCAAACAUGAUGGAACCUUCACCGUCCACUAAGAAUCACGGCCCCCCACCGAAAGAGAGAGACCAUUGUUAUAAAGAUACUGUCUUCCCCCUGCCAUCCAGCCUUUCUGCACAGAGGCCUGAACUUUAUCCGUGUUACGUGGAUACCCAAUCCUUCGUUGUGGCUGAAGCUGCUGUACUCUGCCUUUUCUUAGCAGGAGUUUCAAGUGACUCAUCUUGACAUGCAAUUUGUGUUAGCUAAAAAUAAUAGCAGCAGCCUGGGCUGCGUCUGAUUCCAUGACAUCAUCACGAGAUUUCUUCUUUGGCUUAUCACUAUUGAUAUAAAUAUAGAAAGAAAAGAAAAAAAGUAGACAGAGGAAAGAGAGACAGACAGGUGCACCCAUAGAAAAUUAGUCAUAUGCAGAAAACUACGUACGUGUGGCUGUAUGUAGAGAUCUGAAUGGCACUUCUUAUUUUUCCAUUGUUUUUUAAAAUGUCUUAUUUUACGAUGAUAAAAUU